AUGUACAUUCGACUGUUUCUCGGUCAUUACUUUCAUACUGACGAACCGAAAAUUGUCUCGAAUUUGAAGAGAGUGUAUUGUCUGGUCUUUGUAUUCCUCUUCACCAUAUUCUUCACUUACAAUUUGGAAAUCGAUCUUGUCACACCUGACUUCUAUAUCCCAAUAAAAUUUGGAGUACUAAUUAUCUUAUCAUUCUUCUUCGAAACGUCCAUUAUUGAACAGAUCAUGUGCGUCAAUUCUGUAUAUUAUAAGUUCCACGGAUUUCAAGAACGCAUAUCCUGCCGCGUGUUGCUUUAUCAGCUUGCAGAAUUCAUUGUUGUUUUAAUUAAGACUGGAAUUUACCUGUUUGCUCUACGCGAACCACCCGGAUCCCCUUUACUGGACAAUGUGAUUAUAUUCUCCAUCGGUUUUUCGAACUUCCCAAAGGUUUUCUUUCUAGAUCUCAUAUACGAGGCAAUGAAGAGCUUGAAGCGAUCUCUUCAGAAGAAAUCGACAACUUUGAAUGCUAUUGGACGAGAUGAUAUAAAUUACGAAAUUCUAAUGAUGAAGCAAGAUUUGUUUGCUUACAAGCGACUUAUGAAUGAAUUAUUAUGA